CAAAAUACAACUUGUCUAAAAUAUCAUAAAAGCUCUUACACAAGAAUCUAUCAAGCCUGGGAAAAUAUGUGUUCUUUUGUAAAAACAUAUUUUUCCUUGAAGUCACUGCUAGAUUGCAAAAGUUCACAUAACAUAUUGGUAUGUGUAUGUGUUUAUGUAAGACGGACCUCUGUAUUUCACUUUCUGAUGUCAGUGUUGCCUUGGCAACUGUAUUUUAUUGAUUAAUAGAAUAUAUAUAAUUUGUUUCUGAGCUGCAUCAUCUGAUAAAUUCAUUUUUCUUUUGGAGAGGCGGUUUCAUUUUCUUGUUCCCUGAGUAAAAUUAUUUUUCUGAUAUGAGAAAUAUUCUUUUGAUCUUUCUGGAGGUGUUUCUGUGGCUGUACACAAAACCCAACAAAGUUUGACAAAUAUAUACUUAUAAAGAAAGUUGUUAAAUUACAUAUUAUACACUGAUACGUGUAUUUCUUAGUAAAGUGCUUUUGCCAUAUGUUUUAAUCUAAUAUUUUAUCUGUAGCUUCACUGGUGAAGCAAUUGGAGACUCUGUCCAUACAGUUCUGGUUAUUAGAUGCUAUGUGGUGCUUUUCAUCCAGAGAUUUCAAAUUCUGAUUAGUAAUACUUCACAGAAUCUCUUUGAACUAAAUAUUAUUCUGGAAUUUAUUUUACAUCUAGAUAAGCUGAGAUAUGGAAAGUUUGAAACUUAGCCUCAAAUCAGAGUAAAUUUGAAACAGUACUGAGAAUAACUCCUGAAACUCAAGAAACUUUUAAUCCUGUAAUCCAUUUUAGGUUUGUCAACUUUAAUAGUUAGUUCCCGAUUUACUUCUGUAGCAUUUCAAGAACCCGUUGUCCCAUCACGAGUCCUACUGCCGUGAUUGCUGGACAUAUUUACGAGAAGUUGUGGUUCUGACCUGCCGACCUUCCAUCUUCGUGCAAAUGGGGUCACGAGUGAAUGCUACAAGCAGUAGGGGAGAGGGUAGGAAAGGAGGGAUACCGCGUUCAAGUUCAGAUGGUGCCAUUGGCUGAUCGCAUGUACAGUUCGAGACAUCCGCAUCAUUAGGUUUAUCAAAUAUCCUCCUAUGUUUGGUUUUAUCUUUUUCCCCCCUUGUUUAUUUGUUUCAUGGUUUGUAAGUAUUGCAGCUGCCAAGAGCAGCCAGAGUUUGCAGCUUCCCAGAUCAGAUCAAGCACGGGAGCAGUAAAAAGAAAACUGGAAAGGCCAAGAAAAAGGAGGAGGAGUACAAGUAAUGGAUGGGAAAGUAAUGGAAGUUCAGCCAGAUGUUGAUGUAAAAGCUGUCUUUUAUAUAGAGCUGAAAGCGCAGCCAUCCCUACAGCCCUAAUAUUAACAAUUUACAAAUUAUAACAGUGACUGUAUUUGUAUGUCAUACAGAGUGUAAAUUAUGGGAAUGGGUUGUCAACACACAUAGGAAAACAAGUCUGAAAAUCUCUAGCACUUUCUUUAAAUAUAAUAGUUCCUGACAAUUAAAUAUCCCAUUGGUUGCUAUCUAAAUAUUUAUCUUCAGUUAAAUUACAAGAAGUCCACAGUCAGAGAAAACCCACGCUCUUCUGUUCUCUGUCUUAAAGAUUAAAUUAUGUUCUACCUUUGAAAAAACACUUGGUUUCUGGUUUUAUUCUGCUUUAUUUUUGUGGAUAACUUGGAAAAAAAAAAAAGAAAGAGAAAAGAGUUUGCCAUUGAUGGCAAGCAGGGACAAAGGCACUGUUACUAGAUUGUGGUUUUGAAGGCUGUUUACCAUGCUAAGUCAGAGACCAUAAUGUGAAAUGAUGUUUUUAAUCUUUCAGAUUAAAACAUUCAACAACAGGCCUUCCUAGCAACAAGGCUCCACCUAACACAGAGCCUCAUUUUCUUGCAAGCAUCCUGCAGUUUUACAUGGAUUUUCUGGGCCAGUCUUUGGCAGCAGCAACACUAAUUUAUUCCAGAUGAAAGUCAGGCCCACUAUAAUUAGCAAUACCAUGGUAUUUGUCUGAAAAAUCAAGAAACAUUGGCAUUUGCUAGAGAUGCAAUGUGUCUUGUAGAAAACCCUUUUAAUUCAAGCUUCUAGGUACCUGGGUCUAAACAGAUGAUCCAGUACAUUUGGCAUAGCUGCUUCAUUAGUCUGAGGAGAGAGGCGUUUGCUUGCAGAGAACUUGAAGACCCAUUCCCCCUCUCCAUCCAUCCACCCACUGGAGGAUGAUUCAGUCUGCCUCGGUUAAGUAAAUACCUCUUCCAUUGGGAAUAUACAGGAACAAUAGGAAAUAAAUGCUGGCACCUCCGUGCAGUCGGGAUCCAUUUACUCAUUUGAAGAUGGUUGUGACUUAUCUUCCUCUUGCAUAAUAACCCGAGAAUUGGAGCACUCACCACAGAGGGAGGAGAUCCUGGGCUCUACUCUGAGUGGGGUGAGCUCGCAUCUCCCUCUCUUAACUCAGAGGACCUAAACUCCUGCCUUCGUAGGAUGACCAUCCAAAUCGAAGCAAAGGAAGCGUGUGACUGGUUACGUGCAGCUGGAUUUCCCCAGUAUGCUCAGUUCUACGAGGACUCCCAGUUUCCCAUUGACAUUGCUGCAGUAAAGAAAGAUCAUGAUUUUCUUGACAAGGACCUUGUAGAACCUCUUUGCAGACGACUGAACACACUGAACAAGUGCGCCUCAAUGAAACUCGAUGUGAACUUCCAAAGAAAAAAGAGUGAAGAUUCAGAUGAAGAAGACCUCUGUGCUAUCAGUAAUAAAUGGACUUUCCAAAGAACUAGCAGACGAUGGUCUCGAGUGGACGACAUUGAUGUUUUGCUUCACCGAUCAGACAGACAUGGAUCUUCUGGGGACAUUAAAAUGAAAAAUACAACAAGCAGCGAGAGCGUCCUUACAGAUCUGAGUGAACCUGAGGUCUCAUCUAUUCACAGUGAGAGCAGUGGGGGAAGUGACAACAGGAGUCAAUCCGGCAUCAGCAGUGCUGCCAGGGAGACCUGCGACUCCUCUGGCCAGCAUGAUGUAGAAAGCACACAGCUGUUGGACUCCACAGCGGUAAGCACUGUCCUGUUCCCCAAGGACAACCUGAAGAAUGAGAAACCAACACGAACCAAAGCAAAAACCUUUCUAAAACGCAUGGAGACACUAAAAGCAAAAGGUGUGCAUGGAAAACUAAAAGGCUCUGGAAGAACGGCUCCUUUAGAAAUAAGUGGACCGAUUCUUCAGCAUGAGCCAAAAUCCUUGAAAGACAUGCACUGUGUACAGAUCGUCAAUGGUGAUCUCCAAAACUUAGGACAAGAUUCAGGCAAAAGAGGACUUUCAUUUUCUGCCAAAUCCAGCAGUGAAAGCAGUCAGUCCGAAAACAGCAGCAGUGGGGUGAGCACACCGUGUUUGAAAGAACGCAAAUGUCAUGAAGCAAACAAGAGAGGUGGGAUGUACCUGGAGGACAUAGAUGUUUUGUCAGGAGGAGCCUUACGACAAGUGGUGGACCAAAACCGCAAAAAUGAAUUUCAUUCCCAAGAGAACUUGGUUGUGCAUGUUCCCAAGGACCACAAACCAGGGACCUUCCCAAAGGCACUUUCUAUUGAAAGCCUCUCGCCUACUGACAACAGUAAUGGUGUAAACUGGAGGACGGGCAGCAUCUCUUUAGGAAAACAGAACUGCUCUACUCCAAAAGAAUCCGGAUUGAUGGCCUGCUGUCCUAAGGAGAGCAGAAUUAGUAUUUAUGACAAUGUGCCAGGUUCCCACUUGUAUGCUAGUACGGGGGACCUUCUGGACUUAGAGAAAGAUGUCCUUUUUCCUCAUUUAGAUGACAUUUUGCAACAUGUCAAUGGACUCCAGGAGGUAGUAGAUGGUUGGUCAAAGAAUGUGUUGCCAGGUCUGCCAGUUGAUGAUGAUCGGGUCAGGGAAUCUCCAUCGUUGCCUUUCCAGUCACCCACACAGAUCACACUUGAUUUCGAAGGAAACUCUGUCUCCGAUGGCCGGACCACGCCAAGUGACAUGGACAGAGAUGGAACAUCCCUGAACGAAUCAGAGACCACUGGUGUUAGGGACAGGAGAGACUCUGGGGUGGGAGCAUCUCUCACAAGGCCAAGCAGGCGAUUACGAUGGCAUAGUUUCCAAAUCUCUCAUCGUCUGAGCCACUCCAUUGCAUCACUUCACAUCAGUAAUCAGUCAGCAGCCCAGCUGAAUCUACUGCAGAAAUUCUCUCUACUUCGUCUUACAGCCAUCAUGGAAAAGUAUUCCAUGUCAAACAAACAUGGCUGGACCUGGUCUGUGCCAAAGUUCAUGAAGCGAAUGAAAGUACCUGACUACAAGGACAAGAAUGUCUUCGGUGUGCCUCUGAUAGUUCAUGUCCAGAGAACAGGACAGCCGCUUCCCCAGAGCAUACAGCAAGCACUACGUUACUUACGGAGCAACUGUUUAGAUCAGGUGGGUCUGUUUCGAAAAUCUGGAGUGAAAUCCCGAAUCCAGGCCCUGCGUCAGAUGAAUGAGAGCUCCCCAGAAAAUGUCAGCUAUGAAGACCAGUCAGCAUAUGAUGUGGCAGACAUGGUAAAGCAAUUUUUCCGGGACUUGCCAGAACCUCUCCUCACAAGUAAACUGGGAGAGACUUUUCUACACAUCUACCAAUACGUCCCCAAGGAGCAGAGGCUGCAGGCGGUGCAGGCGGCCAUCAUGCUGAUGUCAGAUGAGAACCGGGAGGUUUUGCAGACCCUGCUGUGCUUCCUGAGCGACGUCACCUCCGUGGAGGAGAAUCAGAUGACUCCUAUGAACAUAGCUGUUUGUCUGGCCCCUUCCCUCUUCCAUCUCAACAUAGUGAAGAAAGAAAGCUCUCCAAGAGUAAUACAGAAAAAAUAUGCAGCAGGGAAGCCAGAUCAGAAGGACCUCAGUGAAAACCUGGCAGCUACUCAGGGACUUGCUCACAUGAUAAUGGAAUGCAACAAACUUUUUGAGGUCCCGCACGAGAUGGUAACCCAGUCCCGAAACUCCUACAUUGACGCAGAAGUGCAUUCUCCCACCCUGGACGAACUUGGGAAACAAGCGGAUGAGGAAGGAGGGAGCUACCAGAUGUACCUUGAAAGUCUCAUGCAGAAUCUCCAGAAAGAAGCAAAAGAGAAAUUCAAAGGAUGGGUCACAUGUUCCAGUAUGGAGAACACAGAACUCGCCUACAAAAAGGUUGGGGAUGGGAACCCCCUAAGGCUUUGGAAGGCGUCAGUGGAAGUGGAGGCCCCCCCGUCAGUUGUCCUGAACCGAGUGCUGAGAGAACGGCACCUCUGGGAUGAGGACUUCUUGCAGUGGAAGGUGGUUGAGAGCCUCGACAAGCAGACGGAAGUUUACCAGUACGUUUUGAACAGCAUGGCUCCUCAUCCUGUCCGGGAUUUUGUUGUUCUAAGGACAUGGAGGACAGAUUUGCCAAAGGGAAUGUGCAUGCUGGUUGCCAUGUCUGUGGAGCAUGAAGAGGCUCCUCCUAUGGGAGCUGUACGAGCCAUCGUGAUGGACUCUCAGUACUUGAUAGAGCCGUGUGGCUCAGGAAAAGCCAGGCUGACCCAUAUCUGCAGGAUUGACCUGAAAGGACAUUCCCCAGAGUGGUACAACAAAGGCUUUGGACAUCUGUGUGCAGCAGAAGUUGCCAGGAUCAGAAACUCAUUUCAGCCUCUGAUUGCUGAGGGACCAGAAACAAAAAUCUGAGGAAGUGUUCCUGGAAAUGUGGACGUGUAAAUCAGGGUAUGGCCAGAGAACAGGAAGACAGAAAGCAAAGACCUUAUUUAAGUUACAGAAGUCUGACCAGACCUGGGUCUGUACAAAGGUGAAAAAGGAAUUUUAUAGGAAAGUUCUUUUAUUCUGGAGACUUCACCUCCCACAUCCCUUCUGUAUUAAUUUCAGUUAUUGAAGUAGAUCUUUCCUCAAAGAGCUUUUAUCUUUAUUACUUUGAAAUCAGACUAUUGCCAUUACUUGUGUGUUACAUAACUCUGGUAUUUAAAGGCUUCUGAGAAGCAUAUUUUAAUUGUAAAUAAAUUAUGUACAGUAUGUAUAUAUUUAUCUAUAUUAUAUCUAUCUAUAUAUAAGUAUAUGUAUAAAUUAAUUAUUUUGUAUAUAACUCAGUGCUUUGUAGAGGAAAUCACUUGCAUCAGUUGGACUUCAAAUGAAUCCAUCACUUGUUUCUUAGUGUGUCACUGCUACAUAAGCUGUGUUUGCUAUUAUCACAGGGCUACCAGACAUAAUCCGUGUGAUAACAGAAACGUCUUUUCUUGAAUUUGUUUUGUGUUUGUGUGCUAUGAGAAGGUACCUAGAAAUAGAUGUAGGAAGAAUUAAAAGAGCUAAGGAGGAGAGAGGUUGUUGUAUGUUUAAAAAUAAUGAGGAGAGGAUCCGUUUCACCAAAUAAAAUACGUGGAAAUGUAACUGAGAUGGACAUUUUGAAGGCUGUUUAUAUUCAGCUGCAGAAAGCUUGUGACUGUUAGUACAAGAUAUCAUUGAAAACUUACCUAUUGCCUUAAUUAAUGGUAUAUCCGCCACUAGAGAACCUCACUAUUUGCAGUGUUCAAAGUAACUGCUUUUUCUUAAAAAGUACAAGAUAACGCCAUGUGUACUGAGGUGUCUGAAAUCAGACUGCUAAGUUACUAAGCUGUAAAUCUUUUGUUUAGCAUUUUGUCUAGGCUCUGAGUAAGCAUUUCUGUCUUGUUCUUUCCUUCUUCCAUAGAGAUGGCUAAUUAUUAAGAAGCUCCAAAGCAGAUUUUCCACAUCCAAUGGACACAAAGAUGUGCAGAUGAAUAAAUACCAUGCCUUUUAAUGCUCAUACUAUAAAAAUAACUGAACUUUUUAAAGCUUUUAAACACAUCUCAGAGAUUUAAAAGAUUAAAUGCAGGUUAUACUCGGGAAGAUCGCUUUUAUAAUAACAGCAAGCAUUUUUGUAUUAUAUUGCACUGAUCUGCAUGAUCCUGCCUCUGUAUGCAUUGGUCGGAGCAGGAUCAGCCCUGACUAUGAGGAAUAGGAGCCAUUUAAGCCUGUUAUAUCAUUUCAUUUUCAGGGACCUAUUAUUUUGCUAAUGGAAGAAUGCUUUAAAAGUAAUAAUAAGGAUUUGUUGAUGUUACCAUUGAGGCAGGGUUCUCUUUUUUUUAACUAACCUAAGACCAAAAGUGAUAUUACAUCUACAGUUCAAUAAGAAUGUACAAGCCUGUUGAUACUGUUCUUCAUUAAUCACAUGUGUUCACUUUGACUUUAUUUAUUGCUGCAUAAACCAGCCAAGUCAUUCAUAGCCAGUGUUUUAGCUCAGUCCUUCCAACAAAAGCCACUGAGAGUUAGUAUGUAGCCAAUUAAACACCAGAGACAUUUCCUACCUGAAGCUACAGUCUUGCGCCCUGAUCCAGUAAAUGGUGAAGUCUUCCUGUGCAGUGGCUCUGCCAGUGCUUUGAAUCUGCCCCAAGAAGAGGGGCUGUGGGUAGACAAUUGUUGCUAAAGCACGGCCCCACGCACCAUCGUGCACAUGCAUAAGGGCUGUGCUGGUGGGGGGGAGACCCCCACCAUCUGAGGAAGUGAACCUGCAGGAGCUUGGGGUAGACAGGGGAAGGGUGACCCAGCACGGUGCCACCGUAGAGCAGCAAGACCCUGAAAAAGUUAGUCAUCUUCCCCCCUGUGAGCUGCUCUUAUCUUUCUCUCUGUCUCACCCGUUUUUCAUUGUGUGACUCAUAGGAUCAGGGAGGCGGGUUGGCUGUGAGCUCCUGUGUUGAGUUUAUGGUCAACAUUAGAUGCAACAAACAACCAUCGGGUGGUUUAAAGUAUUAAGAGAGAGUGCUCUCACCCUGUGUGCCCAUAAUGAGGUCCAGGUGCUCCCCAGGUGGCAGUCCACCACCAUUGCGCAUAUCUCACCUUCCUGGGAGUGAACGGUGGCUCUCGAGGUGCUGGGGCAAGGCCAGUCCCCUGCUGCCGUCAGAACUGCGAUCCCAAGAUGCGGCACCUCUUCCCAGUAAUGCCUGUAGCCGUGGCAGCAGGCUUCAUGACGGCUGUUUUCCAAAACAGGAGCAAUUAGAGCACUGCUGCUACAUUAGUUUGCAUAAAUGAAUACAAUAGUGCCUCAGUAUUAAUGGACACAGAUUCUCUGGCAUUGGGAAUGGCAAUUGUCUGACACUAAGCAAUUCCUUAAGGAAGUGAAGGGAAAACCCGGACAGUGGUUUUACCCUGUCUGAAAACUCAGCUGGAAGGGCCCCUCUGCCACCUGCUACCAUUAGCAAGGUAGGUUUGUCCUCCUACCAUUGCAAAAGCUCUGUCAUGUGCUUCCAGCAUCUCUAAGCCAUGUAUCAAUGAAAUACAUUUUCAUUAAAAUGCGCAUUAUGCCAUGUCUACCAUUCAGCUACCACAGUAUUUUUUAUUGUUAUGUUGCCAUUGAGAAUACAUUACGAUGAUUACAUUUUUAAAUGUUAUAUUCAUAUCAAUACCUCAUAUUUUUACCUCAUCUGUUGGUAUCAGUCAUUAGUUGUAAAUAAAUAAUUGCAGAGUUGAAUAAAUUUGCAUACAC